CCACGAUUUGUGGUUUGGAUAAUGGUCCUACUCGGCCGGCUGACUCCCCUAGCGUACUAUUGACUCUAUUUGUCCAAUUUCUACAAUCAGACCACCGAACCACGGAGCCUGGUAGAGGCUAGCUAAAAUUAUGCCCACGACAAAUUAUUCGCCCAUUUCUUCCACUCGACCGGCGCGGCAUGUUUGUUCCAUGGAAGACACGGGAUCGUAAUGUCCAAUAAUUACGUCAUGUGACGAGCACCCACCCUGUGCCGACCGGCGGAUGACCUCUCUGUUAUUUAACUACGGUCCGCAAACAUUGUCUGACAAUCCCCGCCGCUUCCACGUGACCCUUCUGUGUGAUUUCUUUAAGCUCUUCUAGGCGGGUGGAAUUAUCCCUCAAUACGGAAGAUGGGAGAGUUCCGGACCGCUUUAAACAGACCAGCACCGCCCGGCCGAUGGAAUGUCAUCGCAGGUGUGUUUUGCCUCACCUGCGUGCGUUCGGUGACACAAGGAGCCCCUGUGCAAGACGUCAACCCAGGUCUUACCCCGGCCCUUGGAUUCGCAGGGCGCAGGCUGGGUUUCUCGGCGGCGCAUAACGACUGCGUGCCGCCUGCUAUAGAGGAGUUUCCCGCGGACUUCAUGACCCAGUACCAGCGGCUGCACCAGGCGGGAGUCACCAUCCACCUGCUGGUGUCGUGCUACAUGUUCCUCGCCAUCACACUUGUCUGUGAUAACUAUUUCGUACCCGCAUGCGAGGCCAUCAGCUACCGACUGGGACUACAAGAGCAUGUGGCCGGUGCCACUUUCAUGGCAGGGGGGAGCAGCAUACCGGAGUUGGCCACAGCGUUCAUCGCGGUGUUCUUCACUCAAGGUGACAUCGGCGUCAGCACUAUAGUGGGCUCCGCUACUUACAACAUGCUGGGCAUCAUAGGGUUCAGCGGGAUAGCCACGGGCAUGGUGGUGUACCUGUCGGUGUGGCCGAUCUUCCGGGACUGCACGUUUUACGCGCUCAGCAUCGCCAUUCUCAUAGCUGUCAUCUCGGACGGGAAGGUUUACUGGUACGAGGCGUCCAUGAUUCUGCUGCUGUACAUUGUUUACAUCGUUGCCAUGGUGUUCGACACACGACUGCAGACCGCCGGCUCUACACUUGCACACAAACUACAUCUGGUCAGCAGAUUCGGGAGGCCGGAGUCGGACCGGGAGGAGAGGACGUCUCUGAUAGCGCGGGACGACAAGGAGGACAGUCUGUCCCACUCGUCCGACUCCGGAUACGUCACGCCAAGAAUAUACACUCCGGAAUGGUUAGAUUCAGAGCCCGAGUCGUUCUUUGAGAUGCCAGAGUCUGACGUAAAGCGGAUAUUCUGGGUGCUGGCCCUCCCCACCAGCGCCUUGCUGUACCUCACGGUCCCGGACUGCAGACAGAAGAGGUGGCGGAGCUGGUUUCCCGUCUCCUUUGUCCUCUCCGUGGCGUACAUAGGCGGCAUGGCGUACCUGCUGGUGUGGAUGGUCACAAUUAUAGGCUACACAUUCGGCAUCCCCGACACGGUGAUGGGUCUGACGUUCCUGGCGAUCGGCACCAGCCUGCCCGACACCGUGGUCAGCGUGCUGGUGGCCAGGAAAGGGCACGGUGACAUGGCGGUCUCCAAUGUGGUUGGCAGCAACAUUUUCGACAUGUUCGCGCUGGGCCUGCCGUGGUUCAUCAUGACCGUGAUGGUGAAACCGGGCAGCUGGAUCACCAUCAACAGCUCCGGUAUGCUGUUCACCGCGCUGUCGCUGCUGUUCGGCAUCGUGCUGGUGCUGGCCGCUGUCAUGCUGUCUGGCUGGCAGCUGAACAGGAGGAUGGGCACAGCCUGUAUUGCUGUGUACGUGGUGUUCGCCCUCUUCGCCUGUCUGUACGAGACUGGAGUGUUCGGAGACUUCAACCCCGACAUCUGUCCGAUAGAGGCGUGAGCGAACCAUCUCCGAAAGGUUUUCCAGACAAGGGUGGUCUCUUGACAUAAGAAUUUUCUUUUACACGACCAGUUUUUCUCACCUGCUGACGUUUCGAUGUCUGUCAGACAUCUUCCUCAGAGCUUCUAACUGGAGUUCUGCUUCUCGCCGCUAUAUGUGGUUGCGUAUAAGAAAAUUCUUGUCCUAUGAUCUACCAACCUGAUGAAAUUAUUUUAGGAAGAGUGGUCUCUGUAACUGGGUAUAACAGAGAUUAUAUUAUAUGUUUGUUACUAAGAUAUCAUAAAUGAACUAGCCUUUAUCAUUGUACCUUCAAGUGUAGCCUAGGAUCGCGCAUAGGAAGCCUUUCCACUCCUUUUGAAAGAAAAGGAAAGCAAAAGUGCGAAUUCUUUUACUUACAGAUUUCAAUUGAUUUGAAAUGUCAAAUUAUUAACUAUGUGUGUAUACCAACUACAUAUACAGUAUUGCAGUAUCAGAACUAUUUCAUUAAAAAAAAAACUGGGACAGAAAAAAAAGUGACAAGAAAUGGCCAAUUUCUUUAUUCAAGAAUAUUUUAUCUAGCGCAAUUUUACAGAUCAGCCUGUAUCUGCACAAGACGAACAAAGUACAGCUUAAAAUGCUGCUAAUUGUAGACUAAAACUUACGCAAAGUGCAAUAGAGUGAGCAAGACAUUUAUAUACAUGUAGUACAUGUGCAAUUUGUUUACUAGAGACACUGGCAAGGUGGAAGUAUCAUUUUUUUCUGCAUAACUUUGAACAAGGCACUGCAAUAUUAAAAUUUUCAUGUUGACUAGUGUAUUAUCGUUAUUAUUUGUCAGAAACAUUACUGUACCAACCAAAUACAUCGUAUUUGUCACUAAAAAGACUACUAGUAAAUAGACCAUCACAGAAUUACUAUUGUGCCAUCUCUGUACUACUGUUGUACUAUUCAAGGUCGACUAUGCAAUGCACAGAUAAUAAACAAUAGCACUCAACUUGUCUUCCAUGUAUCCGUCAUUGGGCCAGACCAAGGCAAUAACCUGUUCGUCUGUUAUUACAGCCUUGUUUUUUUACAGGUUGCAUUAAUAGGUUGAUUGGCCUUGUUGUACCCCUAGGCUUUAAACAACCUUUAAUACUACUACCUGAUUGACUAAUGCCUGGAGUUGUGGAACAUUCUGACAUCUGUGUAGUCAGUAUGGGCACCAGUAGAGAAUAAAUCACACUUGAAUGCUUAGAGAGGCAGAUACAUUCAACUGUUACCACAUAUUGGAAAAUAGUGAACUCAUUUUUUU